CCUGCUGAAAUGCGCGCGCGCCCCCCUCGUGCGCACUGCCCUCUGAACGAAAUCUGCGACUUCUAGAUCUAGCUGGCACACACACAGACACGAAAUACACUACAGCAUCCGAUUGCGCAAGUUGAAGAGACAGAAAUAAAGAGAAAGAGAGGAACGGAGACAGAGAAACAGAACGGACAAAAGCUGUCCGAGAAACAGACCGUUUGACCGGACAAAAGCUCUCAGUUCCACUUUAGAAUGAUGAGCAGUAAGGUGAUAUCCGUCCUCCUCAUCUCUGCGCUCCUGGUGCAGUGCAGCCUGUGUUCGCCGCGCGGGAUCAUCGCUUCUCAUGUGAGACCCGAGAUUGCGGAGUACGAUGACGUUGGGAAGUCGAUGUCCGAGGUUUCUUUCGAUGUUGAUCAAAUUACCGGAGCCAGUUUUCCUUCUGAUCUGGAUGGGGCGAUGUUCUAUCCACCAGAAGAAAGAGCGCAGCGCCACGCGGACGGGAUCUUUAACACUGCCUACCGGAAAGCGCUCGGGCAGCUGUCCGCGCGGAAGUACCUGCACAAUCUGGUGUCCAAGCGCGUGGGCGGAGGUAACUCGGCAGAAGCGGAGCCGUUUUCCAAGCGUCACUCGGACGGGGUUUUCAACCAUAGCUACAGCCGGUACCGGAAGCAGAUGGCGGUGAAGAAGUACCUGGCCGCCGUGCUGGGCUCAAGCCCCGAAGACUUAGAUUUGCUCCACACGCUCCACGGGGGGCUAGAUUUGGGCGGGCUCCCAGACGCAGAUGAGCUCGAGCUCCAGGCCUUUAUGAGGGACUGGCUACAGCAGGCCUUGUGACAUGGGCGGCGUGCGGCUUGGAGAGUUAAAGCCCCUCCCACUCCCCAUCUCAACUCUUGCCAUGCCCUGCUGUGCAUCUUCUCCUGACAGAGACGAGUGUGUGUGUGUGUGUGUGUGUGUGUGUGUGUGUGUGUGUGUGUGUGUGUGUGUG